AUGAGGUAUAGCUUCUUUUUUGUUAAACUUGCUUUUGCUCUCUGCAAUCUAAUUAAUUACUGUACAAGUGAUAUACCCAAUUUUGUCUCAGGUUUUGGUCUAACAGUAUGUUCUUCCACUCAACUUAGUAAUGAACUUUAUGAAGUAGUUGUAUCAUCAAAUGAAGUGCUUGGUAAUCAAAUCAUUCGAAUACUUGUCCCACAAAAUUAUUCUACCAGUGGUAAUAAUCAUCGUUAUCCCGUCCUUUAUUUAUUACAUGGCGCAUAUGCUGAUGCCACAGCUUGGACAGGUGCAGCUCAAGAUGUGACUGGUAAUAAAUCUUUAAUUGCUGUCAUGCCUAACGGUGGUCCAUUUGGUUUCUAUACUAAUUGGAUGAUUCCUGGUAGUCUUGCUCCACAAAAUUGGCGAAUAUUUCAUAUGGAACAAUUAGUUCCUUGGAUUGAUUUUAAUUUACGAACAGUAGAUAAAAAACAAGGUCGCGCUAUAGCUGGUCUUUCUAUGGGUGGAUAUGGUGCUAUUCAUUAUGCAGAAUUAUAUUCGUAUAAUUUUAUUUAUGCUGCUAGUUUUUCUGGUGCUCUUGAUUUGCUUGAUCCACAAGUACAAAAUCUUAUUCUACAUUUAACAACAAUCGAUGAUAAACCACUUGUUGGUCCAUUUGGUUAUCCUUCUGAACCAUUAAGUUCAAAUGGAUGGUUUGCACAAGAUACAAUCACUCGAGUUGCACAACUACGUGACAUACAUAUAGCAUUGUAUAAUGGUAAUAAUGAUUAUACGGAUUCGACAUUUCUUCCUGGUUGUUAUCGUUUACGUGAUUUAUUAGUAUUAUUGAAUAUUCCAGUUUAUUUCGAUGAUUAUGGAGAUGGGCAAUCGAUUGGACAUGGUUGUGAUGGAAAACAUGAUUGGGCAUGUUGGAAGGCCUCAUUUAUUGAUGUUUUACCUCGCAUGAUGGCUGUCUUACAACAGGGAUAUUAA